AUAUUAUUGGUUGUUGGUUUUCAAGUGGACACCCACGUGUUUUAUCGACGAAGUAUUUGGUUGCCUCAGCGUUGGAGUCGCCAAACCCAUUUUGCGUCGGAGACCAGAAAAUCGGAGCAGAAAUCCGCGAGGGCAGCAGUGUUCAUGGCGGCCUCGAAGCUACAAGCCUUUUGGAAUCACCCGGCUGGGCCAAAAACCAUUCACUUCUGGGCUCCUACAUUCAAGUGGGGCAUCAGCAUUGCCAAUGUUGCUGAUUUCACGAAACCACCUGAGAAACUCUCCUACCCCCAGCAAAUAGCGGUUACAGCUACUGGACUUAUCUGGUCACGUUACAGCACUGUAAUAACUCCGAAAAAUUGGAACCUAUUUAGUGUAAAUGUCGCAAUGGCAGGAACAGGGAUAUACCAACUCACUCGCAAAUUGCAGCAUGACUAUUUCUCCGAGGCAGAUGCGGCUGUCGCUAAAGAAUGAUGACGAAAAUCUGAGAGAAUCUGAACUUGUGAUACUGGGUCUAGAAGCCAUUCGUUUGACCUGACCGUAAUCUUGGGCUUUGGAGUUCUUUUGGGAAAUUAUUGGCGAUGGGAAGGCUCUGGUCCUCCUUAACUUUCUGUCAUUUCAUUCUUGUUUAUAUUUGAUUGAAAAAUAAGGUACACUCAAUGCUACAGGUGCCUACUUGGUGGGCACCUGUGGCUAGACUACUGAAAAUCAGAUGCCAGGAGUUUUCGUACAUUCUCUUUGGCAGAAUAUUAUAUCUUACAAGUCUGAAAACUUCAAAAGUAUGUUUUCCCCCAAUCUUUAAGUUUUUUAAUCAAACAGUAGAUAAUGUAAAUACAA